UCGGAUGGAGAUAUAAUAGAUUAUGUUCCUAUUGCCAACCAACCGACUUUUGAUGAUCCUUUUCUCAGUUACCACAACAUUCAGAUGAGACCAAGCUCCGAACCGGAAGGUGAUAUCACAGAAAACACCGAGGCUGAGCCACAACCUACACUUCAGCUCUGGCAAAUGAAUGGGGAGUGCCCAGAAAACACUAUUCCGAUCAGAAGAACAAAGGAAGAAGAUCUCUUACGAUCAACUUCCCUUGAGAGUUUUGGAAAAAAGAGUUAUAAAAACAUCUUCCAAGUCGUAUCAAGUGAUCUGUCAGCUGCCAUUCAUGAGUACGCCAUAUCAUAUAUGGUCACGGGAAAGUUUCACGGUUCGAAAUCAUUCAUCAACGUCUGGAAACCCUUUGUCGAACAACCUGGUGAGUUCAGUUUAGCCUAGACUUGGGUUGUCGCCGGGAGUGGUUCUAAUCUCAACACCA